CAGGCGCCCCCAGCCUGCCCUUCCUCUUUUCCCACCUCCUCCUCCCAUCUCUUCCCCCCAAUCUCCGUUCAGGCACUCCAAUCCAGUCGCGAAGUACUGCUCUUCGACGAGACAGUCGAAUCAACCUCUCGCCCGUCGAGCGCGCCCGGCCAUCUCGCCCUUCCUGACCGUCUCCGUACUCGAGUCCAUUUGUCGAUUGGCGGCUCUCGACGCGAGUACUACAUCUCAUCCGGACCGUUCUGCCGAGCGUCUCUGGUCCAUUCAUUUCGUCAACGAGUCACUUUUCAGUCCCUCGCCGUCGUCGAGCCCUAUCGAUUUAAAAGAAGACACGUCGCGGCCACCGUCGACGAAGCGUCAAGAUGGGUUGCGGCAUGAGCACCGAGGAGAAGGAGGGCAAGGCCCGCAACGAGGAGAUUGAGAACCAGCUGAAGAGGGAUAAGAUGAUGCAGCGCAACGAGAUCAAGAUGCUGCUUCUCGGCGCUGGUGAAUCCGGCAAGUCGACCAUCCUGAAGCAGAUGAAGCUCAUCCACGAGGGUGGCUACUCUCGCGAUGAACGCGAGUCCUUCAAGGAAAUCAUUUUCAGCAAUACGGUGCAGUCGAUGCGUGUCAUCCUCGAGGCGAUGGAGUCGCUCGAGCUGCCCCUCGAGGACCAGCGCAUGGAGUACCAUGUUCAGACCAUCUUCAUGCAGCCGGCCCAGAUUGAGGGCGACGUUCUCCCCCCGGAGGUCGGCGGCGCCAUUGAGGCACUGUGGAAGGACCGAGGCGUGCAGGAGUGCUUCAAGCGCUCGCGCGAGUACCAGCUCAACGACUCGGCGAGAUACUACUUUGACAACAUUGCGCGCAUCGCUGCCCCCGACUACAUGCCCAACGACCAGGACGUUCUGCGCUCGCGAGUCAAGACGACGGGCAUCACCGAGACCACCUUCAUUAUUGGUGAUUUGACGUACCGUAUGUUCGACGUCGGUGGCCAACGAUCCGAGCGAAAGAAGUGGAUUCACUGUUUCGAGAACGUCACCACGAUUCUGUUCCUCGUCGCCAUUUCCGAGUACGACCAGCUGCUGUUCGAGGACGAGACAGUGAACCGCAUGCAGGAGGCCUUGACGCUGUUCGACUCCAUCUGCAACUCGCGGUGGUUCAUCAAGACGUCCAUCAUUCUCUUCCUGAACAAGAUUGAUCGGUUCAAGGAGAAGCUGCCUGUCAGCCCGAUGAAGAACUACUUCCCCGACUACGAGGGCGGCGACGAUUACGCCGCGGCGUGCGACUACAUCCUCAACCGCUUUGUCAGCCUCAACCAGCACGAGACGAAGCAAAUCUACACCCACUUCACCUGCGCCACGGACACCACGCAGAUCCGCUUUGUUAUGGCCGCGGUCAACGACAUCAUCAUCCAGGAGAACCUUCGGUUGUGCGGCCUGAUCUAAAACCUUUGCACCAUUUCUCGAUUUGCUUGUUUUAAAACACGAAUACCCUCCGACUCGAUUACGACCACCCGAAGGGCCACGGAGAGACGGCUCAUGAUUUCUUUUCAUUGUACUCGUAACAGCGCUUCGGAGGAGCUGGAAAGAUGUCGCAACCCGCUCCAUUGGCCGACCUUUUCUCCUUGACGGAUCGAAACGCGGACGCUGCGUCUUGCUCGAGUGCACAUGAUGCCUGGUGUCUGGCGGAGCUGCGCAGCCGCAGGAAGUGCACUCGACGGCGAGACGUCCCGCAGGGGCAAGUGUUAAGCCCCUGCGCUGGAACGGGCGAGGAAAUAGAGACGCAGUGGCGAGGUUUUUCGGGGCAACGGACUCUUGCAUCUGACAAGAAGACGCGACGGUGGCGGUCAUCUACUUUGUUUAAUUACGAAAUCCCCUUUUCCCUACCUUUUCUUUGACAUUCUUUGUGUCCUGUUGCGCGUGUUCCUUUCCGUUGGUGAGUCGAACUUGUACUCGUGGACCGAAGUGGCGGGAGGACGAAUGUCUGCGGCGGCGGCGGCGGCGGCGAGGGCGAGGGCGAGGGGAGACGAGGGAUGCAGGCAGGCAUUGUCUAGCAUGAGGAUGAGAUAGCGCCGGCCAUGGUCGGGCUGAUGAGGCGGCCCGUAUUCUAAACAUGGCUCCCAAGGUCACAUUAUUCUGGU